AUGAAACGAUUUGGAGGAAAGAAGGCCGGAAAUGCAGGCGACAAAAAGGUGAUCAAGGCCAACCGACCUGCCAGAGCUGAUUGGAAAGAAGGCAUGAAGAAGAGGCAGGUGGGUGUGUCUGACAUGACUCUGCUGACAAAGAUUACGGAUGAAGCGAUCAAUGAGAAUCUGGAAUUGCGUUGGAAAAAUGGAGACAUUUACACGUAUAUCGGCCAUGUGCUCAUCAGUGUAAAUCCGUUUAAGGAUCUAGGCAUUUAUACAGAUGAGAUAUUGCAAUCUUACAAAGGAAAGAACUUGUUGGAAGCUACACCGCAUGUAUUUGCAAUCGCAGAAGCGUCGUAUCACCACAUGAACAGCUACCAGGAGAAUCAGUGCAUCAUUAUCAGUGGAGAAUCGGGUGCUGGUAAAACGGAGGCAGCCAAACGAAUCAUGCAGUACAUUGCUGCUGUCUCUGAAGGCAAGAGUGCUGCUAUUCAAGAGAUCAAGGACAUGGUAUUGGCUACAAAUCCACUGUUGGAGAGUUUUGGUUGUGCAAAAACACUGAGAAACAAUAAUUCCAGUCGACAUGGCAAAUACCUCGAGAUUCAGUUUAGUGCUCAAGGUGAGCCUGUGGGUGCAGUCAUUACAAAUUAUUUGCUGGAGAAGAACCGUGUUGUUGGCCAGAUUGAAAACGAGCGAAAUUUCCAUAUCUUUUAUCAACUUACGAAAUCUGCUCCUGCUGAAUACAAAGAGCAAUAUGGCUUGCAAGGUCCAGAGAGCUUUCUGUACACAAGCCGUAGUAAUUGCUUGAACGUUGAAGGCAUCAACGACAUGAAUGACUUUCAAGACACACUCAAGGCAAUGGAUGUCAUUGGACUGCAACAAACAGAAAAAGACGACAUCUUCAAGAUGCUAUCCGUUAUUCUAUGGCUCGGAAACAUCAUGUUCACAGAGAAUGAGCAGGGCCAUGCCGUGGUGACUGACGCAGAAGUUGUCAAUUUUAUUGCCUAUCUCACACAAGUAGAGUACGCGGAUCUCAACAAGGCAUUGACAGUGCGUAUCAUGGAAACACAGCAUGGCGGUCGUCGUGGCAGUAUUUACGAGGUGCCUCUCAACAUCAAUCAAGCAACAUCCGUGCGAGACGCGCUUGCAAAAUCUAUUUACGAGCGACUGUUUGAAUGGAUUGUCACUCGCGUCAAUGUCUCGUUACAAGCUCGAGCUGACGUACACCAUACGAUUGGUGUUUUGGAUAUCUACGGCUUUGAGAUAUUUGAAAACAAUAAUUUCGAGCAACUGUGUAUCAACUAUGUCAAUGAAAAAUUACAGCAAAUUUUUAUUGAGCUCACACUGAAGGCGGAACAAGACGAGUAUGUCAAGGAGCAGAUUGAGUGGACCCCCAUCAAGUUUUUUGACAACAAAGUAGUGUGCGAUUUGAUCGAAGCGAAGCGUCCUCCUGGUAUCUUUGCUGCUUUAAACGAUGCGUGUGCUACUGCUCAUGCAGAUCCCGGAGCUGCUGACAGUUCGUUUGUUCAAAGACUAGGCUUCUUGUCUUCCAACCCUUACUUUGAAGCACGUGGGUCUCAAUUCUUGGUUCGCCAUUACGCAGGCGAUGUGUAUUAUAACAUUGCCGGCAUCACUGACAAAAACAAGGAUGCGCUAUUGAAAGACCUACUGGAUCUGGCAGCCAGCUCAAAGGACCCCUUUAUCUCCAGCACACUAUUUCCGGAGAGAAUUGACCCCAACUCCAAAAAGAGGCCACCCACGGCAAGCGACAAGAUCAAAUUCUCUUGCAAUGCGCUUGUAGAAAAGUUAAUGAUGUGCCACCCAAGCUAUAUUCGUACCAUCAAACCCAACGACAAUCGAAGUUCAACAGAAUACAAUGUGCAGAGAGUACACCAUCAGAUCAAAUACCUUGGUUUAUGCGAAAAUAUCCGCGUGAGAAGAGCCGGUUUUGCUUACAGAACUGUAUUUGACAAGUUUGUCGAGAGGUUCUACCUGCUGUGUCCUGCUACUGGCUAUGCUGGCGAUUAUAUCUGGCAAGGAGAUGCUCGAAGCGGCUGUUUGGAGAUAUUAAAGCACAACCACAUACCUGCAGAUGAAUGGCAAAUGGGCACUUCCAAGGUCUUUAUUAAGCAUCCGGAGACGAUCUUUGGCUUGGAAGGGUUAAGAGACAAGUAUUGGCACAAUAUGGCUAUCCGUAUUCAACGUGCCUGGAGGGCUCAUAUGCGGUACAAGAAUGAAUGCGCAGCAAAGAUCCAGCGGUUCUGGAGAGGAAAUAAGCACAAUAUUGGAUAUUUACAACUGAGAGACUACGGUCAUCAACUACUAGGCAGUAAGAAAGAACGCCGGCGCUUCUCUUUGGUGAGUCAGCGUAUGUUUCUGGGCGAUUACCUGGACGUGCAAAAUGGCUCUGGUCUAGCUACUAUGAUUCGUAACGCUAUCAACCUCAAGCCUGGAGAGGAAAUCUUGUUUAGCAUGAAGGGUACCACGCUGGUUCCCAGAGCCAUGCGUUCAAGCGUACCUAGUCCUCGAACAUUUGUCAUGACAAAUCAAAAGUUUCAUAUCGUAGUUACCACAAAGAACGGGAAAGCAAUUCAAAUGGUAGAUGAAAAGAUGAUCUUGCUAAACACCAUUAGAAGUACCAGCGUCUCUACACUUCGUGAUGAUUGGGUUGUCUUGCAUCUAGAUACCUCGCCUGAUGGCAGUGAUUGUGUUAUAUCAUGCGUUUUCAAGACUGAAUUGCUUGCUCGUUUGUCUCAGGCUACCAAUGGCAGAAUCACAGUAAAUGUAGAGCCUCAAAUCCAAUACAAAAAGAAGGGCGGAAAGAUGGUUACCAUGCAGUUUGUCAAAGAUGAAAAGAUUCCACGUGAUGAUUUCUACAAAAGCCAUGUAGUGCGUGUUCCAUCAGGUGAACCUGCUAAUAGUCAGUCUGGCCCUCCCGCUGCCAGAAAAUCCAAGUUGCCUAGCAGCCAGCAGCAUCCACAGGCAAAGAAACCUACUGCUGUUACUGCUGCUGCUAAGUCUAUUCCACAAAAAAUAGCAGCUCCUAAAUCAGCUUUCGCAUCCAAUGUCAACAACGGAACUCAAGCUAGAUCAAGUCUCCCUGCUCCUCCCAUUUCCACGCCACAACCACCUGCUCCUGCUGUUCCAUCCAAGCUACCUCUUUACAAAGCAAUCUAUCCAUUCCAACCUCAAGAAGAAGGCGAAGUCUCAUUCCAGAAGGGUGAUACCAUGGAAAUUGUAGAAAAGGACGAAAAUGGUUGGUGGCUGGCUCGUAUCAAUGGCAAGGAUGGUUGGGUCCCAAGCAAUUAUCUGGAAGAAUGCGUUGCCGUCAAACCUUCAAUGCCUCCACCUCCACCUGUUAGAAGACGAGCACCGCCUCCAAUCCCACAACAGCAACAACAACAACAACAACAACAACAACAACAACAACAAAAUGUUCAGCAACCAACACCUCAAUGUCAGCCUGAAUCUAUCACACCAGUCAAUCGCAUGAGUCAAUAUGGCGAUGCAGUCUCUGUGAUGCCAGGUGUAGGUGGUCCAACCACAAAUGGCAUUCCAGCAUGGAGAGCUGCCUUGAAUGCUAAGAAUGCCUCUGCACACGAGGCAGUAAAUGAUACCACCGCAGCAUCUACACCAGCAAGCAGAGGCCCGCCUGUGCCUGCUAAACCCUUUGUUCCUGGAAGUCGACCAACUCCCAGCAUCCCAUCAUCAGCAGGCAAACCUGCGCCUAGUAUUCCUGAAAGGCCUCAAGCAGCUCUCAUUCCACAAGCACCACCUAGAAACAGUAGUCCGGCAGCACUUUCAUUAGCUGAUGCAAUUAAAGCAAGAAGACAGCAAGCAGCCGAAAGUGACGAUGAUGAUGAGGACUGGUAG